GCUGUUAUCAUAAAAAUUAAAAAUUGAAAAUGAGCUCAAGAUUUACAUCAGUCCUCAAGGGAAUACAAAGCGUUAUUAAUAGUAGGAAGUAUGCUACAGGUAGGUACAAAAUCCACUGCGUAUCGCGAGCCGCACAUGAAUGAGUUGCCAGUGCCGUCUCAACCCUGGGGACCAUGGUACCGGCGCCAGCAGCAGUUUUACUCCGCGCAUCUGUAUUUGGGCCUCACCUGGUGGUUAUUCUCUUUGGGGAUGGCGUUGUACACCGAUGCCUUGCUGCUCGACUUCUGGGGGCCGCCCUGCGCGCCGGCAACGAUCGAUGAUGAUGAUGAUUAUGAUGAUUAAUGCUUAGUUUCUGAAGUUUUUUAAUAGAUGGUUAUACAGGGUGUAAGGAAACUAAGUGAUA